AUGUCCCAGGGAGAGGACGAAUCUCUCUGCUACGUCAUAAAACGGUUCAAGACCGUCAUGGCUAGAGUCAGCGGAAUAAGCGACAAAGUAGCUGUAGACGCGCUCCAAAAGACGCUCUGGUACAAGUUGAAGUUUAGGAAGUGGAUAACUUUAGAUAAGCCGCAUAUGAUCCAAGACGCGCUCCAUAAAAGGCUGACGAAGACAUCGUCAAAGGAUCAUGGGUCGGAUCAAAAGCCUAAAAAGAAAAACCCUCGAAACAACAAAAACGUCCAUCACGGGGAAGAAGAGACCCAGGGAGCGCAUAACUACCCCAUCAACUCCGGAUCGGAGCAAGGCCGGACGACGGGCAAUACAUGGACCCGGAAUCCAAAUUACGAUGAGAACGCCUUCUGCGACUUCCACCAGGCCCGCGGCCACUCGACCGUAAAUUGCAAAGUUCUCGUCUCUAGGUUGGCCGCAAAGCUACUCGCGGGAGAAAUCGCCGAAGUGUCUAGCGUAAAAUAUCUCUUCCGCGAUUCAGACCGCCCUCCAAGAAACGAUAGGCCCCCUCAAACAGCGAGCUCUCUCCAAGGGAACCAAUCGGGAGAAAAGUGCGGAAGGAGGCAGGACGAGAAGGGCAAUGACAAUGGUCGCCGCAAAGUCAAUAUGAUCAUCGGAGGAUCGCAAUACUGCAGCGAUACUUCUGCGCCUAGUGACUUCCCGAAAGGAGCGAUCACUUUCGAUGAAGAAGAGGCUGGCGGGAUCGACCAGCCCCACUGCGAUCCGCUCGUGAUCGAUCUCGUGAUAAGAGAUCUCGAGGUCGCAAGGGUUCUCAUCGACACAGCUGGUAGCACGGUCAAUGUCAUCUUCCGUGACAGUCUCAAGAGGAUGAACGUCGAGCUAGGAGAAGUCGUACCAUCGCCCAAACCGCUAACCAGUUUCGAGGACACAACGUCAAUGACUCUCGGAUCGAUCAAAAUUCCCGUUGCUACGAAAGAAGUCACGAAGAUUGUCGACUUCGCGGUCGUCGACCACCCGGCCAUUCACAACGUCAUCAUGGGCACGCCUUGGCUAAACCCCAUGAAGGCAGUCCCGUCGACUUAUCACUUAGGCCUCAAAUUCCCGACUAAUAAUGGAAUUGCCGCAAUCUGGGGAUGCCAGACACAGUCAAGACAUUGCUUCUUGGCCGAACACAAGCUAAGGCAAAUCACUACCACCGCGAUGGUGAAACCCAAACGGGCGAAGCUAACUCAGGUACUAACUGAAAACGCUUCGGAAAAAAAGGGUCCAAAAUCGUCGAUUCAAGCAACGGCCAAGAAACAUUAA